AUGGGUAUUCCAGCGUCUCUAAACUACGUAUAUUUGAAUGAAACACAAGAUGCGCCAUUACACCCGUAUCCAAAUUGGCGGGAAGGGUGUCUAGCACAUAAUGGCUCUGUGGUCUCCAACCGCACGGUGGUAUCCACCUUCAGGGUUAAUGUGGACAAGUGUGACCGGCUCUGGGUCGUGGAUAAUGGAGUCAGCGAUAUGUCAACGGAUGUGAAACAAGUGACGCAGCCCUCCGUCUUAGUGUUCAACCUACGCACGGAUGAGUUGCUUAAGAAGUUCAUCCUGAAUGAAACCGUUUUGAGAGACUCCUCUGUGUUGACUAGCAUUAUAAUUGGCGACAAAGGCCCGAAGUCCCAAGCGACAUCAUGCGACAUAGAUCUAUCCACUAACGUUUUAUUCUACACACAGGUUUGCAAAAAUGGUUUAGGGUGUUGGAAUCUGGACAAAAAAUUUAGUGAAGUCAACACCCCGCUGAUUCUUAGCGACUGUAACCUGAUGGAGUUUCCGAAUGAUGUUAAGGCAGAUAGAGAAGGCAACCUCUGGAUCCUGAGUGACAGACAGUCGCGUUUCCUAUACGAAGCGAUGGACUUUGACCAGGUCAACUUCAGGGUCCUCACGGCGCCCACAUCUACGCUCAUUCAGGGCACGGCGUGUGAGAAGAAGUCGUUCUUUAGUCGAAUCAGUGACACCAUGGUCAAAGUUCGUUAAUCGAAGACAUAAUGGUAGUAAAUUUUUUUUAGUCCAAACAUUUGUAAUUAUAUAAAUCAUUCUGAAAACGAAUAGUUUUA